GUGUUCAUUGCUUCCAACAGCAGAAUCACGUGAAGGUUAGAAAAGACCAGCACUGUCCAAUGGAAAUAGAAGGUGUCACAUAGGGAAUUUAAGUUUUCUAGUGGCCACAAUAGAAAAGUGAAAAAGGAAAACAUGGAAUUAAUUUUAACAUAUUUUAUUCAGCCCAGUCCAAAAUAUCAGUUCAACAUGCCAUCAAUAUCAAAUCUACUAAUGAGGCAUCUUACAUUCUUUUCUUCUUGCUACAUCUCUGCCAUCCCACGUGGCUUUCACUUCCAGCGCAGCUCAGUUUGGACCAGCCACGUGUGAGAGAGCAUGUGACACGGCAGGUCUGAUGUCUCAGACACAGAGAGGCCUAGCAGUCAGAUGCUGCAACCCAGUUACAUAACCACUCACCAGGGCUGUUGGGAGAAUGCCCAGCGCUGACUGCAUUAGGGACAGUGACCUGGUCCCAGGAGACACGAGAAGUUGCCCAGCAGUCCUCUAGCUUUCAAAGCGUUGGGGGUUUUUUAAAACAAGCUGCAAAUAAACUGCAUUGAAAAGCAGGGGAAAGGCAUCUAUUAACUCUGGGCUGGAGCAGCUCAUGAAUUGGAGUGUGUCCUUGUCAGUAGUGCUGGCCUGGGUUCCUCGCGGAGCCACUGACAGCACUGCCGCUGGCGGAGAUGGAGGUCUGCCUUUUGGAUGGAGCUAAUAACCUGGGGUAAUGCAAUCCUUUUUACGCUUAGGCAAAGCAAUAACCUUCCGCCGGUGCUGCUUCUCUCAGUGAAGGACGCAUUCAAAAUGUCGUGGGAAAGCAGUGUAAUUUUAGCUAAAGCUAAGGCCAGGAUGGAAAAUUUCUUCAUUUAAAUGGUUGAUGACGUUCUCUUGGGUCAGGUGAGACAGUGGGAAGCCAGGAUUCCUUCACACAUCUUUUCAAGUAAAGAGUGAACUUUAGUGAUCACCUCGUUGCGCCCACCUGAGCAGGGCAUCUGCGUCCUGAGCAUGAGUCAUGGUUUUCCUCCUGGAUGGGGCUGGAGGAAAGGGUUGUGUUCUGAAUAAAAGGAACCAGGCCAUUUUUCCCUUGAGUCACAUGAUGGAGGGAAUCGCCAGAAACCAGCAUUGAUUUAAUCAUGUUCUCGUGAUCCGUACGCCUGUGCCCAGCCUCUGAGAGGAGCAACCCAGGACAGCCAGCAAAGUGCCCCCAUGCACGACAAUCCAUAGGGUGAUAAACACCCACUUAUAGGGGUCCCGUGUCCCUUAAAUACCGUGACUGAAAAACAGUUGAGGUGUGAGGCUGGCGGUGAAUGGUGUCAAAGGAGAAUGGCCCAAAAAUCCCAACUCCCGUCUGGCACCCGUAUGCCUGUUGGAUGCCGCCCUUAAAAUCUCGGUUCCUAGCAGACUGUACUCAGGACUGGACCCAUUUAUUUCCCCGUGACACACAGACUGGAUGGAAAUGUGGGAGUGUGUCCUCAGCGGCUUUAGUUUUGCCUGCGGCACUUUUAACAUGAAUUCAUUUCAAAUGAUCAGCAGGCUUCAGUUUUUAGCAUCUUGGCUAAAUACUUGUUUGGAUGCCAUGCCUGUCAUGUGGCCCGAGCUGCUGUUGUAGGGCGGGGAUCUGCAGGGGGCUGUUCUCUGCCCACCAUCCUUCCCUCGCGGUAGCAGAGGGCUCUGAUGAGAAGCAAACACAGGGUUAACCCUGGGUUGUCAAAAGGAAAUGUUUCAGCCAGAGCCAGACCUCCUUGUGGUGCAGCCACUCAGCACCAUCCUACCUCCCCACCACUGGGUUUUCUGACCCACCUAAAGGCAGUCUGCAGAGAAGUCAGUCUGCACGGCUGGAGAAGUGUCACAGAGAGCAGUACUUGAUUAGACAGCAAGUUUCAAAGAGAAAACAGACAUCUUGCAAGCCCUAGUUCAAAAUGUUCAGACCACAGCAGCGAAUGUAAAUACCUCAGGAAUCUCCUACCCAUCUGACCAGUCAUGUUUCUCCAAGGGGUUGAGUGACGGCUGUCAUACCCCCUCCUGGGCUGUCUGCCAUCCGGGCUCUGCCUAUGCACCCUUGUCUGAGCCUAGAGCAGCCUCCCCCGGUGGCACAGAGUGGCCUGUGGGGAGCAAGGAUGUGUGAGUUAGGAUGCUGAGGGGCACCUUGUUUCGUGGGUAUAGCACUGAGUGGACGUCUGAGGGAGUCAUACAUCCCUUCCCUUGUCUCCAGGUCUCCCCUGCUUAGAGAGAUUGGAUAAAACCAGCCUUCAUGUUACCCGCCCACAUUACUGCAAGCUGGCCCUGCUCCAGCACCCUUCCCCUCCCCGUGACCUCUUAGCCUUCAUUCACGAGAGAAACCAGAAGCUGCAACUGAGAACAGGGACUGCCAUGGACACCAGCAGUGUCUCCGCCCAGGUCCACAACUCCUGCCUCCUUCCUGUCAGGGAUGCAAAGGCUGCCUGAAGAAACUAAUCCUUCAAUUUACUCCAAAAUAUGCGUAGAGCCUUCGGCACUUGCAAACCCAUUCUGAAAUUAUAAACAAGUAACUGGUCCGGCUGGUGUGACUCAGCAGUUGAGCAUUGAUCUAUGAACCAGGUGAUCUCUGGUUCAAUUCCUGGUCAGGACACAUGCCCAGGUUGUGGGCUCAAUCCCCAGUGGGGGCCGUGCAGAAGGCAGCUGAUCAGUGAUUCUCUCAUUGAUGUUUCUAUCUCUCUGAAAUCAAUAAAAAUAUAUUUUAAAACACACACACAAGUAACUGAAGGUUUUCCCAUAUUUGAAAAGCAUUGGUUAGACUGAAUUAUCAUCUUCCGUGUCUAGUUUGGUCUAGACACAGCUGGGAAUCUGGACACACUGCCUUCCUGUCGGUCCUGGAAGGACCGCAGCCUUCCGACACUGACAGCCACGUGCCCGAGUGGAGAAAUGGUUUCCUCAGCAUUUCCAGAAAAAGAUCCUCCUCCUGUCCCUGCACUCUUGUUGUCUGUCCCCAUCGAAGUGCAGCCCGCCACGGGCACCCUCCCUGGAUGGACGCCCUCGGAAGGGCAGGGGCAGGGUGCAGGUGUGUGCUCACAGGGUGGGGAGGGGCUGCUGGAGCCCAGCCUCUGGCCCAGCUCAUCGAGACCCCUGGCCCUGCCCACCCGAGACCCCAGCCCUGGCUUCACUUCGAGGGCUAUAAGGGAUCCUGUGUGGACCUGGGUCCACACAUGGGCUGCAGGGCCUGUGAAGGUCAUGAGCUUGUGUGUAAUGAUGGGACUAGGGCAUGUGACUUCACUGAGUCAUGAGGGGACACAGGUGGAGCGCCUGACCCCAGGCCAGUUCCUGGGCGGGUGGUUCACACUCACCUGGGCCCCAGCCAGUCAGUCCUCUCCACUGGGAGAGGCGGAGGCCUGUCCAGGACCUCUGGGUCCCUGCCCCACACCCACCCGAGUCAGGCCUGACUGGUCUGCAGGCACCCCUGGUGUGAAGGCAGAGCUGGGGUCCCCCGUGAGUCCCCUUCCCCUCACGUGUCCGCACUCCACUCCCCUAUUAAAUCUUGAUUUGUUUCCAAGCUCACUGCCCCUCCAUCCUGUUCUUUUUCUCUCUCCAUUUCCUUUGGAACUGAAACCGAAUAUUAUAAAACUGAGUCUAAAAGCCACUUUUCCUGUCAGUUGUGUCUGUGUCCCCACCCUGCCCCCGGCAGAAGGGACAGCUUCCACGGGAAUGCUUUCUCCUGCUCCCAGGUGUGCCUGCCGCCUGGGACCGCAUGCUGUCCCUGGAGAGUGGCUGGAGCUGUGUCCUCUGCCAGGGUCGCUGGGGUCACAUCUGACGAGCUACAGGCCUGACCCCAGCCUCCCACCCUCGCCCCUCGCUUGGAGCCGAGGCCUGUUCUGAGCAGUCCCCAGGAGAAAGUAAGGAUGUGGGUCGCCUCCCUCCUGCAGAGGCCUCUCCUGGCUGCUUCCCCUGGAGCCGGUGUCCCGCAGGUGGGCAGUGCAGGCCACGGCAGGAAGGGGGAGGCCCCAGAGUCUCGGGGCAGCUGGGCUGGUGAGAGGACGCUGCAGACGUGGUCUCAUCCGACCUCACAAGUCACAGGAUCCAAGCUCCUUUGGGAAGCAGUUAAACCUAAUUUCGAACAUUCCUGGCUGCUAAAAUGGUCUACUUUCCCCUUUGCCUUAAAACGUAUUAAGGCAAACGUACAGAAGUCAGUAGAAGGGUUUCGGCCCCUCGCCCCCUCCUGGGAUCCUUGCCUGAGCCUCAGAUGAGGCCUCCACAGGCUUUCCCUGAAACUGCCCGUGUCCUGGGGUGUCUGAGCCCCUCCAGCUGAGGAAACACCCCCAAAGCUCCUGACCCUGAGUCCGAGGGAUCAGUUGGAGGGGUGCUGGCUGGCUCCCCUUUCCUGGGGCAGACACUCAGAUCCGCUUCCUGGUAGGUGUGGGCCCGGGGUCCGGCGGGGAGGGGGGGCAAUGUAUGUGGGUGGGGGCACAGUGCGUGUGCUUCCUGGGCUGAGCACCCGGCCCUGUCCUGCAGGGAAGCAUGCAGGUUCCAGGACUCUUCCUCCCAUCCUCCUCCCUCCUCCAUCCAGGCGAGAAGGAGCCUGCAUUUCUCUCCCACCCCGUCCCCGUCCCCACUCCAGGUCCUGCUGCCCAAGAAAGGCCUGGAGGGAACCCAGCAGCUUGAAGUGGUUAAAUAAACAAGAGGCUGUGACUCAUGGAGGCAUGAGGCGGCUGGAAGGGGGAGCAAACCAAGUGCCAAAGCCGUGAUGUGGCGCUUCCUUGGAACCAGUGAGGGAGGGCGCGGAGGGGAGUGGGAGCUGGACCAGGUGAAAGCAGGAGUGUGUGGGAGAGAGAGACCGUCUGUGUGGGGAGUGUGAGUGUGAGCUUUAUCUCCCUUUCGCUUCCCCCAAAUUGCUUUCUCAGGACGAGGUCUUGAAACAAGGCUCUUUUCACUGGCACCUGACCCAGCUCAGUCCAAGGACCCUGGUUGUCCCCCUCCCCCUCCCUGAGGUUGUCUGGUGAAGUCACCCUGGACAAUGGAAGUAGUUACCUGAAGACAGACCUGGAAUCCCAACCUCACCUGCAUUAGAUGCUCAGCAGGAAAACAGACCCCUAUUAUGAGGCAAACCAAAGGCAUUUUGUGACUACCAGAACUUAAGCUUAUUUGUCCAAAACCUUGGCUUUUGUCCCCAUUGUUAAGGAUGACACCCUAGAUCAGUGGUUCUCGCCCAGGAGCAGUUUUGUCCCCGGGGCUCACUGGCAAUGCCUGGAGAUAUUUGAGAUUGUCACAACUGGACAUGGAGGGCUCUGAGGCAGGGGGGCUGCUAAACUCCCCGCAGAGCACAGGGCAGUGCCCGCCACAAAGAAUGACCUGGCUCAUAUGUCAUUAGGGCAAUCUCUGUCGUUGCCCGCUGGUCCUCUGGCAUGAAGAACCCAAAAUGACAGUAGUCCCAACCUCAGUGUCACUCUCACAGUGCCCCCUGGUGGAAGCCCCUGUGAUCCAGAGGAACUUAAUCCAGUUUCAACUCCACCUUAAAGGGCACAACUCCCUUGGGGGAGAUCAGAUGGUGAGAAGUACUGCUCAGGACUCAGCGCCCAUUUCAGCUGCAGGCUUAGCCAGAUGUGGCAGCUGGGAGACACGGCCCCGCAUUGCUCAUUGUCCUUUAUUGAGCUCUUUCACGUUACCCAGCUUGGGACUGGUGUCUGUUUCCUGCUGGGACCCGGGCUGGCACUACACCAACCGCUUCCACAGGUUUCCAGUGCAAGAGCCCAACACAUUCCUAGUAACAGGAGGCAGAGCCCAGGCCUGGGGCUCCGAACCCUUGGUCCAAGGGUUUCUGUUCAACGUGUGUGUUUUCCAAAGUUGUUGCACCACUUACACUCCCGUGAGCAGCGUCGGGAAGUCACAGUUGUUCCAUGUUCAUGCCAACACUUCGUAUUGUCUGUUUUUAAAUUUUUAUGAUUGUAGUCCUGGUGCAUGUCUGGUAUAAUCUCACAGUGAUUUUCAUUUUUGCUACCCAAAUGGCCAAUGAAGUUGAGCAUCUUUUCAUGUUUAUUGGUCAUUGGAUAUCAUUUUUUUUGCAGUCUUUUGCGCAUUUUACUAUUGGGUAGGUGUUACUGUUUUACUAUCAUUGAUUUUCAGGAGCUCUACAUAUGCUCCAGAGACAAGCCUUUGCCCCACAUACAUCAUGCAAGUCUCUGUUCCCAUCCCGUGGGGUUGCCUUUCACUCUCCACGUCCCCUGUCUCAUCGUUCAUAUCCUGAAGUUUCUACUCAUCACUUUUCUAGUUUAUUUAAAAUGAUUCUUGAGAAUAAUGUGUCCUUUUCCUUAUAUUUUCUUUUAUUUUUGCUGAAUUUUAUUCCUAAGCACAUUUUCUGGUCCCAAAAGGGCCUGUGGAAGACAAUAUUCUAAUCGAUUAAAUGUUAAUGGGUCUUUAUUUUGCCUUCAGCCUUCAUUGGUAAUUUAGCUGGUCUCAUACUACCCCGAGAAUUCUCUCUCUUUCUCAAAGUGCAUUAGUUAAACAGUCAUGAGGAAAGAAUAUCUCAUCAAAUCUCACUUUGAAUAUGUAUUUUAAACGUCUUCACUUGGGUUCUUUUCAUUUUUUACAGUUUCUUCUGUUUCUUAAAAUACCUCUGUUUUCUAGAGAUUUGAUUUCCCCAAAUGGGCUGACUGGUCUCCAUAUUUUUGCCUGCAGAAACUGGUGAGUGUUCAAUGCUUUUGAGCCUUACAGAGGGAAAUCAAUCCCGGAUUGAUUUGUUUUUAAGUGGGGAAUUUUAGACUUCUUGACCUCUUUCUGUAACCUGAUGUGCAAGUAGGAACUGUGGUUAGAAUAAGGCGGCGCAGACCUGCGAGUCUCGUGCUAGAACAGCCGGCCAUCAGCUGGGGCCAUCUACCGUCAGCUGGGGACACGGAGCCUUCGUCUCCCAGGGCCUGCUGACCAGACAGCAGGAACAGCUGAGGCAGAAUGUCCGGCUCUGCUCCCAGAGCCGCCCCACCCCCCCCCACCUCUCCCUUUGGGCCGUUGUCUAUGGUGAGGUUGAUCCCAAUGGGGCUGCCGGGGGACUGGAAUUCACCCCUGAACCACCACAUCCGCAGCCCCCGCUGGGAGGUUUAGUGGCGGGUAGGAUGGGCCACCUCUCCCUUAUUUCAGUUUUUUUCUGGUGCCAUUUCUUAUUAUAAAUCAUCAGGAUUUUAGGGGCUUGGAUGGUGCCUUUUCCUAGUUCCCAGGAAUCAUGAAGAUUUCCCCCUCUUCUGUUAGGUGAUUGGGGGGAUUAUUUGAGUAAUGGACAAACUACAAAAGGUUAGAAUGUCCUCCUGAGUGAGGAGCGUUAAUGGAGGCUCUGUGAGGGAAGGCAUCUGUAGAUUCGAGUGCAUGCCAAACCACAAAUUCGGAGAUUAGGGAUUAUGGUAAAACACACAGCCAGCUGGAGGGUCUCCCUCAUUAGCUCAUUUGGAGUCAUCAGUAAUUUGCAUCUUGCUCAAGCACUGGACAUCCCUGGCUUAAGGACCCACGACGCUGAAGCCAGCCUUGAGCCCCAACGGCUAGCUGACCUGCCUCUUCAUUCCGCUGGAGGAACUCCAGAGCGCAUCUCUGCAGACGCCUUGACUGUGUGUGUACUUUUGUGAGAUUCUCAGGCUUUGCUGAGUGUUUCUGUAAGUGCUCAUUUGAGUUCUUUUGCAAUCAAGACAGCAGGUCCAGGGUUUGUGUAAUUAGUUCAGCUUGACCUCUCUCCAGUCAGCACUGUUGACUUUGGACGACGAUCCUCUUCAUUGCUCACCCCCAAAAGGCAGCGCCUCUCCUGGCUAAUUGUCCUCCCAAGGCUUUAAAAUAGACUCUGUGCUGUUCGUUUGUUAGUUUUUAAGGUUCAGUAUUGUUAAGAUGGCAAUUUCCCGGAGUGAUUAAUACAUGACAUUCCCAAUAAAAGAUUUUGAA